AUGGACAAAAUCGAUGGUUCUUUUGUAUGCGUCACAAGGACUUUUCCAUCGGGCGUUACGUACUGCGUUGAGAGGGCCGAGGAGGGACGGGAUUCGAUACUGUGCACGGCAGCUCUUCUUGGACACACGAACUGUGUCAGGAUCCUCGUUGAAUACAGAGAAGCAGACGUCGAAGAACUGGGCUCAGUUUCAGCUGAAGGACCUCUCAUGUCUGGAGUUAGUCCUUUAUGGUGCGCUGCUUCCAAUGGCCAUUACUGGGUUGUUGACUAUCUCCUUUCUAAAGGCGCCAAUCCAAAUGGCGAAACCAGUUUCAACGGCACUCCACUGCAAGCAGCGUGUGCACUUGGGUACUUCGAAAUUGUCAGACUUCUUGAGGAGCACGGGGCCUACAUCGAGGCUGCUGAUAACCGCGCUGUCACUUGUCUGAUGCUUGCUUCCUCAGGCGGCCAUUUGGAAAUCGUGAAGUUUCUUUUGGAAGUGGGCGCUGAUGUCAAUGGCAAGAACAUAGAAGGCGAAAGUGCACUCCACGCCUGCGCAAAGGCAGGACAUCUGGAAGUAAUGAAACUGUUGCUGGAACACAACGCUCGGACGGGUCCCGACUAUUCUGCUCUCUUGGACAUCGGGACAUGUAGAAUAUCUGGUACGCAGACUAGGUCUGGUAUAUGGAAAAGAGAAAGCCGAUGCAUUGGAGCUACUUGGAGCUCCCUUUUCAACAGCACACAAGAUAUAGACGCUACAGUAAUUACUGGAAUCAGCAAUCAAUCAGAGUGCCUGGCUGCAGCGUGUAUUAUUAGUCAUGGUAUAUCUUACAAGGACAUCUUGUAUCCUCGACUUGAGCAGUUUUGUGACAUGAUCCAGGUCAAGGUUUAUAAGGAAGGCGACGCCGAAAGUAGACAUUUUCUGUACAAGGGGUUAAGCUAUCAUAGGCCCCCUCCCCCACUAGAGAUUCCUACACCGUACCAAGCCCCGUUCCCCCCAGUAGAGAUUCCCACAGCCUAUGGGUAUAUCUAG